GUUCACCGAAACGGUAAGCUUAAAGAGACAACAGCAAAGCCGGGCUGGUCUUUAGUGGGAAAUUAAAUUACUUUUCAGAGCUUAAAUAAAGGACAAUGUCGCGGCGUACUACAUAGGGAACUCAAACGCAGGCAUCCAGAGAAAGACGGGCUAUACUGCUCAAACCUGUUAAUGCUGGUUCUGUAUGAGUCAGCUUACAGCAGUGUUAGAACAUGAAGAAUGGUCACUAAAAUAGCCAAGACUGACUUCAACAAAACCAUGAGGAGCACAAGGGGAUGUUCACUUGUUUGGUUCCACUAGCACGAGUUGUGUAUGUCAGCGUUGAGGAGCUCUUGUGGGUGGAUGUGGGAGUGUGUGCGUGUGCGUCUGUAUGUGUGCGUAUGCUAGCAUAACCUGCCUGCUUCAGGCAGUGACAUGCUACUCUGAGGACAACUGUACAGGAGUCCCAUCCACCAAAGGAUUAAUGCAAGGACGACACUUUUGGUGAUACCCACCACAUCUGCAGAAGACAUUGGCUUCUGCUCUUCAGAAAAAAACAGUAUAUUGAUACUUUUAAAACCCUUCACCGUUGUCUUCACGCCACUAUCCCCACACGUUUCCUGGGGGUUGUUUUAAAACUUCUCUGUUUUGCAUGGCAGGGGAGUAACCGUGGAGAGGCCAGGGUAUCACAAGCUUAUGGAUUUUGAGAAGAGAGGUGGGAAGGGAGAGACAGAGGAAGGGAAAAGGAUGUCAAAAACAGCUAGUAGUAGGAGUGGACAUGGGGGCCGGGGGACAGGGAACAACUCUGGGGUCCUUAUGGUUGGCCCUAACUUCAGAGUUGGGAAGAAGAUCGGCUGUGGAAACUUCGGUGAACUGCGGCUAGGCAAGAACCUCUACACAAAUGAAUAUGUGGCCAUCAAACUGGAGCCAAUCAAAUCCAGAGCACCUCAACUCCAUUUGGAGUAUAGAUUUUAUAAACAGCUGGGAAAUUCAGAGGGAGUUCCUCAGGUCUUCUACUUCGGGCCAUGCGGGAAAUACAAUGCAAUGGUUCUGGAACUGCUUGGGCCCAGUUUGGAGGACCUGUUUGACCUCUGCGACCGCACUUUCUCUCUCAAGACCGUCCUAAUGAUAGCUAUUCAACUGAUAACACGUAUGGAGUACGUUCACACGCGGAGCUUGAUAUAUCGAGAUGUCAAGCCAGAGAAUUUUUUGGUGGGGCGGCCGGGGUCCAAGAGGCAGCACACCAUUCAUAUCAUUGACUUCGGGCUUGCCAAAGAAUACAUAGACCCCGAGACCAAAAAACACAUCCCAUACAGAGAGCAUAAGAGCCUGACUGGCACUGCACGAUAUAUGAGUAUCAACACACAUUUGGGAAAAGAACAAAGCAGAAGGGACGACCUAGAAGCACUGGGCCAUAUGUUUAUGUACUUCCUGAGAGGCAGUUUGCCAUGGCAGGGCUUGAAGGCGGACACACUGAAAGAACGUUACCAGAAAAUUGGCGACACCAAGCGAGCUACGCCGAUCGAAGUGCUAUGUGAAAGUUUCCCAGAGGAAAUGGCGACCUAUCUGAGAUAUGUGAGAAGACUUGACUUCUUUGAGAAACCAGAUUAUGACUACCUGAGGAAGCUCUUCACAGACCUCUUCGACAGGAACGGCUACAUCUUUGAUUACGAGUACGACUGGGUCGGCAAGCCUCUACCUACACCCAUAGGCCCCAUCCCCACAGACACACCCCAGCCAAGCAGCAGAGACAAAGCACAACCACAGACCAAAAACCAGUCACCCGAGCUCAAAGGAAGUGAGUCCCAGCCCACUCCAGUGACCAUUAAGGAGACUCUGGGGUCGCUUCUCACGGCCGAGAGGCUGGGGGGCUCAGUGCAGGUCAUGAGCUCCACGAAUGGAGAGCUGAACACAGACGACCCAACCGCAGGACACUCCAACGCUCCCAUCACUGCACCUGCUGAGGUAGAGGUGGCAGAGGACACAAAGUGCUGUUGUUUUUUUAAGAGAAGAAAGAGGAAAGCUCUUCAGAGGCACAAGUGAAGUGCACUCUUUGAAAAGAACUUGAAACAUUCUGGUCACUGUUAAGUUUAAAAUGCAAGCAAAUACACCGAUCUCUUUCUCUGUCUUUCUCUCUUUCUCUCUGUCCCCAUCACACUGUCUUUCAUUGAUACUUCAACACUUAAUGGAGUGCAAAGGAAUGUUGUUAACUGUCCAACAGACUCUGGUUCCUUCAAAAAAAAAAAAGAAUAAAUGAAGAAACCGAAGAUGAUGUGUAAAAAAAAUCACACAUGAACACAAAACGAUGAAGAGAAGAUGAUAUGAGAUUAAUUGAUGACAUAAAACCACAGUGGUGUGAAAAGAUGCUGUUUGAAAGAGUUGGUGUAUACUAGUUUCCAUGCAAAGCAUUUAUCGUUCAUUGAUCAGGGGACGUUACAUUAGUGAACAGAUGAUUUAAGUUUCUUAAAAAAUAGAUCUUGUGAUUAAAAAGGUGAGGGCAGGAGUCGUCUCUGCACUGGGAAUAACACCCACCAAAUUACUAAAUAACAGGACACAUUUCAUCUCAACCAGACUUUUUUUUUCCUGUAAUUUUAUAUUUUUAUUUUUUUGGAUUGAGAUGAAUCUCUGGGUUGUAAAGCAGUUAUAAUGUCCUGGAAAUGCUUACUUUUUGUCCUUUUUAAAUAUAAAUUCUUCCUUUUUUUUCUGUCAUUGUGGACUCUGUAGCACAGUUACUGGCCUCGGGUACUGUGGGGGACGGAGACAGAAAUGGAUAUUAUUCUCGUCAUUGUUGUUAUUGCACUUUUGAAAAGCAAAACAAAAAAGAAGACAACACAGUGGUCUUGAAAUGAAAUGAGACAAACGACAGACUAUAUAAACUGAUGCGGGAAUGCUCCUGCAGAGGUCUGAUGUCGGUUCAAGGAACGUUUAAAGAAAAGAAGAAAAAUUAUGUACUUGUUUUAUUUCUCAUAUCAAAGUUUAUUUACCAGGAAAUCAUAGUUUGUGCCUUUCCAAGUAAAAUGUUUAAAAUUUAA